AUGCCGGUGAGCGAAGAUGAAUUUGAAAGGCCACCCGUCGUACAAGUGGCGACAAAUCAAAGGACAAUGUCGAAAGCAGAACAAAGAAAGAGUAACAAACCGAUAAUGGAAAAAAGAAGAAGAGCUCGAAUCAAUCAUUGUCUCAACGAAUUGAAAACUUUAAUUUUGGAUGCCAUGAAAAAAGAUCCUGCAAGACAUUCGAAAUUAGAAAAAGCCGACAUAUUGGAAAUGACUGUUAAACAUCUUCAGCAAAUUCAACGUCAACAAUUAGCAUCGGCUGUUGCUGCAGAUCCUGGUGUUAUUAUGAGAUUCAAAAAUGGAUUCGAUGAAUGUGCUGCUGAAGUGAGCAGAUACAUAUCACGUUUGGAUGGUGUUGAUAAUGGUGUUAAACAAAGAUUGACGGCUCAUUUGCACAGAUGCGUAUCGAGUAUACAACACAUAUCCACGUUUCCGCAUCAAAGUAUGUUUUCAACGUUUAAUCAAAACUGUGAUAAAAAUACAAUUGUUCUACCUAAUGUGCCUGCGAUACCGGAAGAUGUAAACAAUAAUAAUAAUAAUAAUCAAAACGUUGAAAGAAUACAAAUACCGAACGGUUUGCAUUUGAUUCCGAGUAGGUUACCAACGGGAGAACUUGCUCUUUUGGUACCCAAUUCAAAUCACAUGUCGACGUUUCUUAAUGCAACCGCAGGAAACACUUUUCAAUUUUCUUCAAAUACAAACGUGACCUCUGUAUUAAAUCCGAUUUUGGGAGGAACUUUAAAUUCUACAUCGAAUUAUCCGAGCGCUUUUACAGCCGUUAAUAAAAAUCAAGAGUAUCCAUCUCCGACUUCGACGGCUGAUAUAAUUAAAAAAGAACCCAAUUUGUCGGAAAAAGACGAUUUGAAAUCUUCGUCUUAUUUGAACAGAUCAACAGAUCAAUCAUCGUACAAUCAAAAUUAUAAUUUUAAAGUUACCGAAAGUUUAAACGGUGGUAAAACCAUGACUGAUAAUCAAGAGUACAAAAAUUCAAAUUUAACCAACGGUCAAGAUUUACACGAAGGAAGUCGAAAUUAUGAUAAAUAUGAAACGUUCCCGUGUAAAUCCCUGGAUGAAUCUGAUUACGAUAAUAAAAUAUCACAGAGAGCAAGUUCUUCGUCUUUUCAAAGAAAUGCUGCCGAUUCGACAACGUCAUUCACUCAAAUCAAAGAAGAAACCGUUGAAAGUGGAUUCAAACCUUUUCACGUCGACAUACCAAAUAGUCAUUUGAAGGCACACAUAAGUUUAUCGAAAAAUGUUAAUGAAAUUAAAACUCCGUUGCAAAUUCAACACAAACCCAAUCCUAAUUUCACCAUAAAUCCCAAUAAAUUAUAUCAGAAAUCGUCGCCACAUAAAUUUUCCAGAUAUUAUUCAAAUGUCGAAAGUAGUUAUUCGGAUGUUGGUAAACCUGAUACGGCAUUUGAUAACAUUUCAAAAAGAGAUGAAAAUAACGAUGUGAACAAUUAUCCGGGAAGGGAUUAUACCGUUUCUACGAACGGUAAACUCACUUCAUCUCAAGAAGAAACGACAGCGACGACGACAACAACUAAAAUCACAGAAAAUUUAUAUAAAAAUGGUAAACGAUCGUUUCAUAACGAAUCGUCUGACAUGAUUCCUGCCACGACUUCCGCCGAACCUCAAAAUAAAAUUCAAAGGAUUUCCCUUAACGUCACUCUCACAGACGAUCAAUCGAAAAGUGAACAAAAUAAUAAAAAUCGUUGCAAAAGAAUUUCAGUUAUUGUUGAAGAUUCAUCUAAAAACAAUACUAAAGAAAAUAAUAAGGAAAUACAAAUGAGUGUUUCUUCACAAAAGGAUAUGUGGAGACCUUGGUGA